UCCGUAGCCUGAUCUAGGUGCUGAGCAGGACAUCUGCUUCAGAGAGCCGACUCCGUAGUAGUGGUACAAAGUGGUCUUUGGAGGAAGGACCCUGGGAAUUGAAAAAAAAACAAAAAACAAAAAACCUACCUUACAAACCGGAAGUGGAUGUGGAUCUUGCACGGAUCGGGUUCAGGAUCUUAAAGCGAAAGCCGAACUCUGUGAAUCUGACUUGAUGCACAGGUGCAUAAAGAUGCCAAAUGUUUUGACGUCUCGGUUAUGUUUGCUAGUUUUUGUGGCAGUAUUUCGGCUCUCCACAUCCGCCGAGGUCUCCGUAUGGACCGUGGACAUCAGCGGGGGCCAAGAUGUUGUGUUUCGCAAGACACUGUAUGCCAAUACCACCAUCUACAUGAAAUUCCGAGGCGACAUUGCAUCAUGUGACAAGAACAUGGCUCUCAACAUCAGCUGGUACCUGCGCUCAUCUGUCUGCUACAAUGAGGUGUUCAACACUCCUGACCAAAAAGCCAUGAACAUGUUUGGGAUGGACCAUAUGUUAAAAGAUGGCUGGAGCGGCUUCUACAGUCAAGGCUACAUGUACUUUGAAAACUGCACCUCCCUUUUCUUACCAAAGGGAUAUUAUACGGAAUUCUUCCCAUACCAGCCCCUUACUGAUCCAAAUAGUCCUCCUUCAAAUCAGAGUUUUAAUUUCCCAGACAAGCCUGACAUCAGUGCAGUGGCCAAAGCUUGGGAGGACAGCCCCUAUCUGUUCAUUGUGAAGGUUCAACCUAUACCUCGUGGUAUUUAUGAUGACGAUUUUGUAACGACACCGCAGACAUUUCCUUUCACAAUGAAAGUGGAGAUGAAGGGUCCUCAUGACUAUUCGUCCCCUGCAGACUGGCCUCUGAUGAUGUUCUUCAUGGUUAUGUGCAUUGUUUACGUGCUGUUUGGGGCAUUGUGGCUGGUGUGGUGCGCCUGUUACUGGAGGGAUCUGCUCAGGAUUCAGUUCUGGAUCGGUGCCGUCAUUAUCCUGGGAAUGUUGGAGAAGGCGGUGUUUUACUCUGAGUACCAGAGCAUCCGAUACAAAGGAGACUAUGUUCAAGAUGCAGUGAUUUUUGCUGAACUGCUCUCUGCUUUGAAAAGAUCACUUGCUCGGAUUCUGGUGCUCAUUGUCAGCCUUGGCUAUGGCAUUGUCAAACCAAGGCUGGGCACCACAGUUCAUCGCCUGGUGGCUGUGGGCCUUCUGUACCUGCUGUUCUCUUCUGUGGAGGGUGUGCUCAGAGUUACAGGGAGUUUCUAUGGGACAGUUGCCCUGGUCGCUAAUCUUAGCCUCUCCCUCAUCGACUCCUGUGUCAUGUGGUGGAUUUUCAUCAGCCUGUCUCAAACCACUCGUCUACUCAAGCUUCGCAGGAAUGUGGUGAAGCUUUCAUUGUACCAACAUUUCACAAACACUCUUAUCUUUUCUGUGGUUGCCUCCAUUAUCUUCAUCAUCUGGACCACCAAAGUCUUCAAGCUGGUCGACUGUCAGACGGGUUGGAGGGACCUGUGGGUAGAUGAUGCUUUCUGGCGCCUUCUCUUCUCCACUAUUUUACUGGUCAUUAUGGUGCUGCUCAGGCCCUCUGCGAACAGUCAGAGGUUCUCUCAUUCUCCUCUCAUUGAUGAAGAGGAUGAAGAGGAAGAAGCCAAGGAGCCGAUGUUAAAUGAAGCUUUUGAGGGAAUGAAGAUGAGAGGCUCUAAGCCUGAUUCUAAUGGCUCCCAAAAACUACUGAGUAAAGAGGAUGAAGACCUUAAAUGGGUGGAGGAAAACAUUCCCACGACUGUUGCAGAUGUAGCACUCCCAGUAAUACUAGAUGAGGAAGAGGAAAUCCUUAAGACCAAGAUGGAGCGGUCCAAGAUGGAGUAAGGUGAUAUUGGUGUUUGAAUGAAGAAAACGUUUCACAUAGGCAUCAGUGAAUGGGCUGAAGAGAUCUUUUAACAAAAUCUGAGGGUGAAGCCAACUAUCCAAUCUGUCCAGUGUUGUAUGGUAUUUUUAACACAAAUAUGGUGGAGGCUGCUAUAAACAUACUCUUGAGUUUGGUAUGCCGUCCACAGUGGUAAAGUAAGACUGUAUCAGAGAUGUGAAUGACUAUUAGGUGUAAUUUCUUUUCACAUUUUGACACUAUAAUGAAGCCUAAUUAUCACAAUAUAAAUCACUAAAAUUAUGCAUUAAGGCAGAUGAUACCUGACAGAUUCAGUAGGGACAGAGCAUAAUCAACAAUUUUCUGUGAAAGCUAAUAGUUUUUGCCAAUUUGUGAAACGCUCAUGUUUCUUUCUUACAAAGAUUAGAUACAGUGUGCUAAAGUCACAUCCUGCUUUAUGUAAAUAAGCAAAUCAUGUGGAUUUUUUGCAUAAUUGACUAAAUAAGGGUUUAAGUAAAAAUAAUAUUUAUUUUUGAGACUGUAUGUGUCUGUAAUGGUUCUGUUGUAUAUUGCCCUACAAAACCACAGAUGGUCAGUUUACCUCUUUUAGUGUGUGAGGAUACUGAGCAUCAGUGGUUUUACAUAUACAGAUGAAGGAUGCUCCAAUAGUAUACAAUGGCCUAAUACUUGGACCUGUUAGACUGUUGGAAAGCUACUACUAGUGGCACAUCAACGUUACAGUUUACUUAAAAAAUACUGGGAAGUUAUGUUAAGCUACUUAUACUUUCAAAGUGAUUCAAAGAACUGAUAUUUUCUCUGUAAUAUGAUUGAUGGGUGAGAAAUACUGUCUUAAUAUAACAAAAUAAUGAUUACACUGUAUUAUUACAAUGGCAACUAAUCAUGGGUGAAGUUCUGUCUGCAGACACUUUUACAGUAAUUCUCAUAUUGAAGUUACACUGAACAAAGUCACUCAAAUACACAUUUAAGACCACUAUAUCAAAGAUGUUCAGAGUAUACCCCGGAUUAUUCAACUAUAAAUCUAUAAAUAUGUCUGCAAGUAUUGUUUUAUACAGCUUUUCACUCCUUUACUUGUCCUCACCUGAAAAUAUUUGCACACACGACUUGAUUAUUUCUUGAGUUUUAUUUAACAGUUUUAUUUAAGAUUAUUUCUUGCAGUGCACGUGUAAAUAUUUUUGGUAUUGGUUGUUAUUUUUUUUAAAUUUAUAUUUGGUUUAAUGAGGAUUUUGCUUUUACUUUAAAGAGAUUCUGUGCUCUUAUGUUUGCAUUGUAAUGUGAAGCUGAUGAUGUAUGGCUUCUUGCAUAUGUUCUGCAAAUAAAGGUUUAUAUUGAAAUGUA